AUGGUUAAUGUAUGUGUUAUUGGAGCUGGUGCUAGUGGUUUACCGGCUAUUAAAUGUGCUUUAGAUAGUAAUUUUAAUGUUACAUGUUAUGAAAAAUCUAAUGAUAUUGGUGGUUUAUGGAGAUUUAAACCUUAUCCAUGUCCAGAUGAAGGAACAGUUAUGAGAAGUACUGUAAUAAAUACAUCUAAAGAAAUGACUGCUUAUUCUGAUUUUCCUCCACCAGCAGAAGUAGCAAAUUUUAUGCAUAAUUCAGAAUUAUUAAAAUAUUUUCGUUCAUAUGCGGAACAUUUUAAUUUAAUUAAAUAUAUUAAAUUUUCAACAAUUGUUAUAAAUAUUGAAAGACAUGAAAAAUUUGAACAUAAUGGUAAAUGGAAAGUUACAACAAAAAAUAUUAAAACAGAAGAAGUUAUAGAAGAAGAGUAUGAUUCAGUAAUGUUAUGUACAGGACAUCAUACAACACCAUAUUGGCCUACUAAAUUUAUUGGUCAAGAUAAUUUUAAAGGAAAAAUAAUUCAUAGUCAUGAUUAUAAAGAUUUUCAAGAGUUUGUCAAUAAAAAAAUUAUUGUUAUUGGUAUAGGUAAUUCAGGUGGUGAUAUAGCUGUUGAAUUAAGUAAAUGUGCUAAAAAUGUUUACCUUUCAACAAGAUCAGGAUCAUGGGUUAUUAAUAGAGUUUUUGAUCAUGGUGAACCAUCUGAUCAAGUAUACUUAAAUCGUUUUAAUUAUCAUAUUAGAAAAAUAAUACCAUUAUGUUUUGAAAAUAGUGUACUUGAAAGAAAAGUUAAUCAAAGAUUUGAUCAUGGUAGAUUUGGUUUAAAACCUAAACAUAGAUUUUUAAGUGCUCAUGUAACAGUAAAUGAUGAAUUACCAAAUCGUAUUAUAUCAGGAACUGUUAUUAUUAAACCAAAUGUAUCAAGUUUUGGUGAAAAAGAAGUUCAUUUUGAUGAUGGAACGUAUGUUGAAGAUGUUGAUGUUGUUAUCUUUGCAACAGGUUUUUCUUUUACUUUCCCUAUAAUUGAGAAUGGAACAUUGAUAGAUGUUAAAGAAAAUAUUGUUGAAUUAUAUAAUUAUAUGUACUUACCAAGACUUGCUCCACACAAUACAUUAUGUAUUAUUGGUUUAAUUCAACCAACUGGUAGUAUAAUGCCUAUCAGUGAGAUGCAAUGUAGAGUUCAUUGUGCAGUAAUUAGUGGAAAAAUAAAAUUACCAUCAAAAAAUGAAAUGAUUAAAGAUGCAAUUAAAUGUAAUGAAAAGAAUAAAAAAAUAUUUGUUAAAUCUAGAAGACAUACAAUACAAGUACAUUAUGUUGAUUAUAUGGAAAAACUUGGUAAAAUGUUAAAUGUUAAACCAAAUUUAUUAAAAUAUUUCUUUUGUGAUAUAAAACUUUUUAAAAGCCUUUAUUUUCAUGGACUUUAUCCAUAUCAAUAUAGAUUAAAUGGUAUUGGAUCAUGGUCUGGUGCAAGAGAUGCAAUUAUUGAAGCUGAAGAAAGAACAUUUAAUUGUACAAGAACACGUAAAACAUCUGAAACAAUGAAAUCUAAACCUAUAUCUAAAAUUCAUUUAUGUCGAAUUAUCUGUUUUUGUGAUUAA